AGGAAAAGUCUUGUUGCACAGCUUGCGUUACAGUGUAGUCAGAGUUGGUGAGUGUUUAUAUUUAUUGUUUAGUUAGUAUAGUAAGUUAUAAGGUGUUUAAAAUCAUAGUCCUGUGUAACUGCAUGAUGUGAGUCCCGCAUCAUGCUUGUUGUUUGAACUGCAUGAAAAUCACUGAUUUAUCAGGACUUUUAGCUAGCUAGCUAGCAGGCGGAAUAGAGUCGGCGAGCUGGAGUAAUUCGUUGGUGGUGGAAAGUUGAUUUGGCUGGGAGCGUCUGUUGAAUUUCUGGCCGCCAAACACAAUGGAUGAAGAACCAGAGAGAGCCAAGCGCUGGGAAGGGGGCUAUGAGAGGACAUGGGAGGUGCUGAAGGAGGACGAGUCAGGCUCACUCAAAGCCACAGUGGAAGAGAUUCUGUACCAGUCCAAACGGAAAAGGGUGAUAGAGAGCCAUGGGCAAGUGAGGCUUGGAAUGAUGCGUCAUGUGUAUGUGGUGAUUGACUGUUCGCGUAGUAUGGAAGACCAGGACUUAAAACCAAACCGCCUCACCUCUACUCUCAAGCUCAUGGAAGUAUUUGUUGAUGAAUAUUUUGACCAAAAUCCCAUCAGCCAGGUUGGUAUUAUCACCACAAAGAACAAAAGGGCUGAGAAGCUGACUGAUCUGGCAGGAAAUCCAAAGAAGCACAUCACUGCUCUGAAAAAAGCUGUGGACACUGUUUGCGUAGGAGAGCCGUCCCUCUACAAUUCCCUCAACCUGGCCAUACAAACCCUCAAGCACAUGCCUGGACAUACGAGCCGGGAGAUCCUGAUCAUCCUCAGUAGUCUCACUACAUGUGACCCAGCCAACAUCUAUGAGCUGAUCAAGACCCUGAAGUCUCUGAAGGUGCGGGUGUCUGUCAUCGGUCUGUCAGCAGAGGUCCGGGUAUGUACAGUGCUGACGAGAGAGACAGGUGGCUCGUACCACGUGAUCCUGGAUGAGAGCCACUUCAAAGAGCUGCUGAUGAUUCACAUCAAACCUCCUCCUGCCAGCUCCUCCUCUGAAUGCUCUUUAAUCCGCAUGGGUUUUCCUCAGCAUACCAUUGCCUCUGUGACUGACCAGGAUGCCAAGCCGUCAUUCAGCAUGUCUCAUCUGGACAGCAGCAGUGGUCCAGGUCUGUCUCUGGGAGGAUAUUUGUGUCCACAGUGCCACGCCACUUACACUGAGCUUCCCGUGGAGUGUAAAGUGUGUGGUUUGACUCUGGUGUCGGCCCCCCAUCUCGCCAGAUCCUUUCACCACCUCUUCCCCCUCCAAGCUUUUGUAGAGAGUCCAGUGGAGAACCUCCAAGGAGACAGGUUCUGUCAGGCAUGUCAAGCAGAGCUGAAGGAUAAAAGUGUUUCUGUUGAAAUAAAGUUGGAGAAAAAAAAGAGAAGCAAUCGUCGUCAUUUCCGGCGUUUCUGUGGCGGGAGUGUGCAGUGUCAGUCCACGGUAACGAUGGCCCGCGUUUUGAACGCCAUUGUGGCCGUGUGCCCUGACCGGGGAAUCGGCAACAAGGGAAACCUGCCAUGGCACCCCAUUAGGCUCAGUAAGGAAUUCGCACAUUUCCGAAAGAUGACAGCAACUCCGUCAGUGAAAGGCAAGCAGAAUGUGGUGAUCAUGGGCAAGAAGACGUGGUACUCCAUCCCAGAGAAGAACCGACCUCUGAGCAACAGAGUCAACAUUGUCCUCAGCAGGAAGUGCAAAGUGCCCCCUGCAGGAGCACACUACUUGGCGUCAGACUUCAGCUCAGCCCUCAGGCUAAUCGAAACAGAACUGGCUGAUCAGGCCGAUCAGGUCUGGGUUAUAGGAGGCAGUUCUCUCUACAAGGAGAUGAUGGGGAGCACGGGAAUGAGAAGACUGUUUGUUACUCAAAUUCUGAAGCAGUUUCAGUGCGACACAUUCUUACCUGAGAUCAGUCUGGACAAAUAUCGUCUGCUGCCAGAGUUUCCAGAUGUACCACAAGAGCUGCAGGAGGAGAAUGGGAUUCAGUACCGAUUUGAAGUCUAUGAGAGCAUCCAGGAAUGAUGAGGCAACGCAGAAAUCAAAAAAGUUGAUGUGAUUUGUAAAUGAUCACCAUUAUGUAAAUGCUGGACUUAUUGUUUGGAACAGACGGCGGAAAACAAAAACAAACCUGUGUUAAGUAGUACUGGAAUUGACCCACCACACUUCACAGGUGUGAUGGAAGUGAUGCUGGGACUAGAUCUAGUUUGAUUUGAGUUUGUUCAGUUUUGUUUUCUUCAAGUAACGAAUGAUCUUAGAAAAGGAAGAGGUAUGUAAAGGUGUAGUCUCUGAUCUCUUUUCUCAUAUAAAUGUGUCACAGCAAAGUAAACAAAAUAAAGUGCAACCGUGGCUUCUGGAAAGUCACUUGUUUAAUUUA